AUGCUGAGCUUACAAACGGUAGCCCUUGGGGCAUUCAUCAGCUUAGGACUGGUGUAUGUGUUAACCACAUUGUCGUACCGCCAACGCUCGAGAGGAGCCAAGCCCAUUCCAGGGCCAAAAGGUCUCCCUCUUCUCGGUAAUAUCCUGGACAUACAAGGUCCGAAUCUAGUCCCUACAUUCAACAAAUGGAACAGCGAAUAUGGACCCAUUGUUGCUUUCAGCAUUUUUGGCCAGAAGCAAAUAGUUCUCGGUACCGAAAAGGCAACAAAUGAUCUUUUUGUCAAGCGAGGGAACAACUAUUCUGAGCGAGGGACACCACCGGCUGCCGCCUAUGUCUCCCGUGACUAUGUAACAGCAUUAAUGGGAAAGAAUGACGUGUGGCGUCGCCAACGUAAAGCCCUACAUAGCGUCCUUGCCAGCACGGUGGCAGUCACCUACGAACCCUUCAUCGAACUCGAGUCAGCAUACACCCUUCAGCAUCUGAUUGAGACGCCGAAAGACUUCAACAGCCAUAUUGAACGCUAUGCGUAUGGAGUCAUAUUUCGCCUCGCACUGGGUCAAAGCGUUGACAGUAUGAAUGAUAAGGAGGUGCUAGAGUCCAGCAAGUACACCGACGAUAUACUGGACACUUUCCGCCCGGAUAAAUAUUUAGGAAACCUAAUUCCGUCCCUGCUCAAGUUACCAACGUGGCUUGUUCCAUCGAAUGCAGAACUAGACAGGCUCGCAAAUGGAAUGGAGUCUCAGAUGAACUCAUUCGAAGAUAGCGUCAGAGAAGGCAUGAAAGACGGGUCGGCACCAGAUUCCUGGAUGCGACAUUUCAUAGAGAACCGCCAGAAUCUUGGGUUGGAUCGCCCGGAGGCUAAUUAUACUUUGUAUGCCUUGGUUGGUGCGGGCACCAGAUCUCCAUACAAUGCCGUGUUGAGUUUUAUUGUGGCCAUGAUGGAAUACCCGGACUGGCAGCAGAAGCUUCAGGAUGAGGUGGAUCGCGUGGUUGGGUCGGAGAGGCUUCCGGUUUUUGAAGAUCUCCCCAACCUUCCCAUUGUCCGCGCCAUUGUCAAGGAAGGUAUCAGGUGGAGAUCCAUUGUUGCAGAGAUUGGUAUACCACACAUGACUGAAGAGGAUGACUUCUACGAGGGAUACUUCAUACCAAAGGGUACUAUUCUGCACGCAAACUACAGUUCGAUUCUCAGGGAGCGCGACCUUUAUCCGGACGGUGCCGCAUUCAACCCCGACCGUUGGCUCAAUCCUGCUUUCCCAACAUAUAAAGAGCCGCUGACGGUCCAUCCCAAUCUAACCAACUUUACCUCGUUUGGUUACGGUCGUCGCGCCUGUCCAGGUACCAAUUUUACUGAGCGUUCUCUGACGGUAAUGGUGGCACGUAUUGCAUGGGGCUUCGAUAUCAAAACACCUAUCGAUCCUGUUACAAAAGAAGAGAUCAAACUGAAUAUCCAGUACGAACCGACACCAAAUCCAAAACCACUCCCUUUUCCAGCCGACAUAUCUCCAAGAAGCAAAGACAGGGCCGCUAUCAUUAUGGCAGAGGCUGAGAAAACACGGAAAUCCGAUCCUCUACGAAAGGACAUUUAG